AUGCCUCAUGGAUUCAGGAUAGCUUUGCCGGAAUUAUUAACAUUUGAGGCAAUUGUGGUUAUAUUGACAGUAGGCAAAGUUAAUGUUGUACUAUUUGCCAUUUAUCGACCAGGAUCGCAGUUGGUUUCUAAAGCAUUUUUUCAAGAAUUGACCAGUAUCUUGGAGAACAUAAUGUUAUUGAGUGAUCAUGUAAUAUUAUUAGGUGAUUUGAAUGUGCAUGUCGAAAGAAAUGAUAAUGUUAAUGCCAAGCUAUUAUCGAAUGUGUUUGACAUGUUUUCAAUGCAAAAUGUAAUAAAAGAACCUACACAUAUGCAUGGUGGAACGUUGGACUUGGUGGUACCAGUAAUAAAUAUGCCUGUUACUCGUGUUAGGGUAUAUCCUAGUGGUGUCAUUUCUGAUCACAGUUUGGUUUCAUUUUGUUUGCCAAAAGUUUGUUCCCCUGUGUUAAAGGUUAAAAAGACUGUACGGACGUGGAAGCGUGUGGAUGAAAAUCAUUUGCUUACCUUGAUUAAUGGAUCUCCGGGCAUGGCGCACCUUCUUUCAGUUGUAAGGUUAAAGAACAUCAAGUAUUCUCGAAUUUUUUGGAGUGCUCAAGUGAUGAUGUUAAGGCAGUUAUUUUGA